GUAACCUUGGAAUUUGUUUGUUUACAUUGGCAGCCGCCAAGCACUGGCCUAUAUCAAACUAUAUCCCUCCACAGUGUCGCUGCUUCACCUACACAAACAACCACCCGCCCUCUACCCAUGACUUCUGCCUCACCUUUUUUGAAUUAUUUGCCUGUUCCUGCUUAUUUCUCGUUUGCACACUGCUUGUUUAUUGUUUAUGUACUGUUUUUCUCUUUACGAAACCUCUCCCAUCUAACUCAAGACACCCCUGACUACUACUUCUUCUGUACGCUGCAACAAUGCUCUUUGUGGCAUAAAACAACCGCUACACCUGUUCACACAAUAGAGAUAAACGUGUGCUCUCUCGAUUUUAAAGAAAAAACUGGAUUUCGGCGUUAUUGUUUACAACAAGACGAAUUGAUUAUGAAACAAAUUGAUAUGGAACCGCCUCGCGAUCGAGAGCUUGUUUUGAAGGACCGGCACUCUUUCUCAGAGAUGUCCAACCGGCCAGCUAUCCCAAUGUGGGAUAGUGCAGACCCAGAACGAGCUCCGCCUCCACUUCCCUUAAACCCAGGCCCGGGUAGUCCCACAACCCGGCCAAAUGCUUCCGCAUCUAUACAGGCAGUUGCCGCUGCAUUAUCAGAGAGAAGCAAUGAAAAUGUUCCAAGCUCUUACACAGUUAAUCCCAUGCCACUGAAGUCAUCGCCAGAGAAGUCCCUGGUCAAAGGACAAUUCCAUAAGCGCAUACAAUCACUUCAGCCAGCAACGAACAGCCGCGAGCUUACAACAUAUACAGAACGGCGCUCCCCUGAUCGAAACCCCAGGGCAAGUCCAUUUGAUGCUGACGGGGGACGAACGCGAGAGAAAAGCCCCACUCGAGUAAAGACACCCACUUCCGCCGGGAAGGACCCUUCCAAUUUUCGAGCGUCCAGCCGUUAUCUCUCUAAACCUAUCCUUGGAGAGAACACUCCCCCUUCUGCUACAAUGCUUGCCUUGCAGAAUAUGCAUCUCCCAAUUGAGAUAGAAUCUCCUACCAGGGGCGCUAGCAACAACACUUCACCGCAACAGCCUCAAGAUUUGGGUUCAUUAUCUGCCCAAAUUUCGAGUUUAACCUCUAUCGCAACGGCCUUGCAGCAAGAAAUGGCACAGUUGAGCAGGCGCAGUAAAGAUAAUGCCACCGAUCUAGUCAGUCUCAAAGCUGCGACAAAUGCGCGGGAUGAAGAUAUACGCCGAAGCCUCAAGGACCUGGCAACAAACCUAACUGGCAAGUUACUGGAGAACGAGACUUCCAGGUCUACCGCCUCAUACAUCCAUUCCGGUUCGAGCGGAUUUAUGCUUGAUAGCAAGGCCCAUGAUGCGACGUCUCCCUGCUCGAGGAAAAGCUACACAAUCCCUCGGAUGCAAAGCCCUAGUAGCUUCGCAGCCGCUAUAGAAAGGGAGUUAGCUGCCUCCCCUUCUAUUUCGACGGAUGGCUCUGCAAGCAUCGCUUUGCUGGAGAAGGUCUUGCGCGAGAUGGCCACAAAAGAGGGUCAGGAGAAGUUGCUAAAGCUGAUGGACGAAGUAAAAUCUAGACCCAGCGGAGGCCAGAAUUCUGACAACGCCAUGUCCCAAAUGCUAGAAGAGAUCCUCAAUCUAGUCAAACAAAACUCCAACAACCACGCUCUUGUCCGUGCAAGGCAUGUUCCUGACAGUCAAAAUUCCCCAUCCCUGGAGCUUGGUUAUGAAACACCACGGUCAGGGCCGUUGAGCCGUAACGCAGAGACAGAGACCCCUAUCCAAAACCAAAACCAGAGCUUGGAAAAUGGCUCCCCGACCCAAGCCACUGAUGCUCUUUCCGAAGAGAUCCUGACCAUCCUGAAAAAGGUCAAAAGCAGUGUUGCCGACGGUGGUGGUUUGACCAACGAGGUCAAGGCGCUCGUACGAGAACUACGUGGCGAGGUUUUGGGGAUGGGAAGGGAGAUCGCGCGGAAGUUAGAGGAAGCCGACGCGGGAAGGGCAUCGGAGCAGGAAAUACCACCAGGUGCCAGGGCAGAGGAAGUCGCACACAUUGUAAAUGGUGCUCUAGCCGACCUGAGGGUACAUAUGGAACAGAUUAUAAGUGACACUCAACGCCAGUUAUCUUCGAGAAUACCUCGCGUGGUCGACGGCCAAGAAGUGUAUAUGGCUGUAAAGAAAGCGCUCGAAGACCACCCUCUACCGGAGCCUGCUCCUCCCCAGAUAACCGGAUCAGUCUUGGAACGGGAAGAAAUCCUCGAAGCCGUCCGGGAGGCUUGGGAGACGUACAAACCUGAGAUUGAACUUCAAAACUUUGGCCUUGAGAGGGAUGAAAUUUUAGAAUGUUUGACUGAAGGCUUGAAAGCAUACCAGCCCCCGAAAGAGCCAGCUGAGCCAGACAUCACCUACAGCGAAGUUCUUGAAGCUGUCCAACAGGGUUUGGAAAACUUUACGCUGCCGCUUAUGGAGCCUGAUGGAGCCAUAACACGGGAGGAAAUAACCGCAACAAUAAGAGAUUGCUUGGAAAGUUUUGAGUGGCCAGUUCCCCCUGCCGUGCUGGAUAGAGAAGCUGCUAUCAACCGCGAUGAUGUCUUAAAUGCUGUCAAAGAGGGAUUAGCUACGCGAGACAAUUUUUCUAAAGAGAUUGAAUUCAACCGGGACGAUAUCACAGAAGCCGUAAAGGCCGGGAUCGAUGAGGUUUCUGGGCUGUUGCACAACAACGUCAGCGAUCAGUUCUUGGACCAGCUGCAUUCCUUGCUAGGUGAGAUGAAGGAUGAAUUUAAACAGUAUUCUGCCACCAACGGAAGGGAUACGGAACAGGUGCUGGAUGCUAUCAAGGACGGACUCGAGGCUCUUAGAGGCGAAAUCGAAUCCUAUGUAGAUCGUGCUUCAGAUGUGACCGGGAAAGAUGAGAUUAUCCAUACUGUUAAGGAUGGAUUCCACUUGUUGCAAUCGGACCUUGAAAAGUCCAUUGCCGAAGCUGCUCGAGUAUCUGAUGGGGGCCAUUCUAAUACAGUCGAACUACUCGAUGCGAUGGAAAAAGAGUUUGAACAUCUCCGGCAAACAAUGAGCAACCUGCUGAUUCGAAACAGCGUUUCAAGUGAGAAGGACGAAAUUCUGGACGCUAUUCGCGACAUUGCAGAAGGUGAUAGGUCAAAGGAUAACGGCUCAGAAAUUUCCCAAAUGGUUAAAGAGGAGUUUGAGCAUCUGCGCGAAACCUUGACUCUCAUGAUUAUGAAGCCGAAUUCUUCCCUUGAAAGGGAUGAGCUGGUGUCCAUUCUCCGGGAGAGCUUUGAGGCAAUUCAGGACGAGAAUAGCAGGAGGAAAGACGGAAAUGAGAGCGUUAUUUCCAACACUGGGGAACUCCUUGACGCCUUCCACGACGGAAUUGAUAUCCUCCGCUCAGAUUUGGAAAAGAUUAUGAAUAGACCAGCGGAUACCAGUGAGGAGUUUCUCGAUUCGCUAAGAGAUGGCUUAGCUGGCGUUAGGGCUGAAAUUGAACAGCUCCGCCAUGACCAGAAAGAAGCCGAAGAGACCCAGACCAUACGCGGGCAAGAGGUUAUGCUUGCGAGUGAAUCCUCAAUCGGAAGUGAUAUUGAAAGUUUGAAAGUUCUCGUUACGCAGCUCCAGAUCAAAGUCGAAGCGAUUGAACCUCGGCCAGCGGACUCGGAAAAUGAAGCCAACAUUGUGAAAAAAGAUGACCUCAUCGAUGUCCUUAACUCGAUUAAAGAAGUACAAGAACUUGUGGUUGAAGUUGCCAGUCGUGAACCGCCCGCCGCCGUGGUGGACGAAAAUGCCGCUAAAAAGGAAGAUACUGACGCAAUCGAAACUCUGCUCGUAAACAUGAAAGCGAAGGUCGACGAACUGGCAGAGACAGGUGGCUCGCAUGGGAUGACGACAGAGCGAGCAGAUGCGUUGGAAGCACUCACAAAGGAGACCAAGGACAUCUUGGAUGGUUUCGCUGCUCACGUGGAGACACACGGUGCGUCGAAAUCAGAACUGGAGAAUCUUGAAACCAUCGUAAAGGAUAUCUGGGUUGCUGUGGAAGAGAUGAAAACGAACUCUGCGCCGCCUGAAGACGCCUCCGAGAAGGUCCUCAAAGAGGAUGUCCGCACCCUGGAGGCUAUGCUACUUGGAAUCAAAUCCCAACUUGAGGACUUUGUUCUUCCAGAUAUAGAAACUCUUCCGACAAAAGACGACAUUGGUGCCGUUUACCACAUGGUAACUGAGUUCAAGGAAAAGGUGGAGGUGGAAAACGACCUCACGGCUCAGGCGUUUGAGUCCCGAAAGAUCGAACACGGUGGACUGGCGGAAAAAAUUGACGAAGCUAAGCAGCUAAUCAUUGACUUGAAAGAUGAACUCAAGAGCAAACUUACUAAUAGCGAGGAAGGACUUGUCGACAUGAAGACAAUUCUGGAGGCAUUAAGUGAUUCGUCAGAGUCAUUCGCUACCGCUGAAAGCCUCAAGGAACUUAGUGACCUCAUCACUCGCGAAUUCGACCGCUCCCAUGGUGAUCGCGAGGCUGAGAAGAUGGAAACGGCUGAAAGAGAGACUGCUAUGUCGACGAAACAAGAAGAAGCCCGCGCAGCCAUCGUAUUGGACCUUGGGACGAAAAUCGACGAGAAGUUUUCCGAACUUUUGUCUAAGUAUGAGGACGCACAGAUGCUGGUGGAUUCGAAAUUCACGGCUAUCGAGGAGCGAGAUGUCCAAAGUCUGGAUACCUUGACAAGCACCAAAAACAUCGCGGAAGAUCUCAAGCUCGUUAUCGGUGGUAUGGGAGAUAGCGUAACCCAGGCUUGUGAGAGGAUGAGCGACGAUGCAAAGACCUUUUUCGAUCGUGUCGAUCAAUCCUUCUCGAAGGUGGAUGACCUCCGCGCCGACGUCCAGUCGCAGCACGACCAUCUCAAAGGAGAGUUUGCACGGGCGCUUGAAGCAACAGAUCGACUGGAAAGUCAACUCGCGAACUCACAUCCUGAAAUCCUUAGCACUAUCAAUGAUAUAUUGUCCAUUGUCGGCCAACACUAUGAACACUCGCAGAAGACUAGCGAGGAACUUAAAUUAAAUGUCUCAGCAAUCCCAUCAGCCAUUCCUCCUUUAUUACCAGCUCUUCCCCCACCACCUCCUCCACCAGAACCUCGGGAGAUUGUCGUGCCCGAAAAGUACGACGACACAGAAUUGCAGGGCAAAUUAAAUUCUCUCCUUGACCAUGCCUCUAGUGAUAAAUCGAUGUCCCAGAUUGAAAAGCUUGACAAAAUCCAAGAUCAGAUUACGUCUGCGGCCAAUGAGCUGCGUGAAAUGAUGCUGGCCCAAUCAGCCUUGUUGAUCCAAGAUUGCGAGAGAAAGAAUAAGGAGGCUGAAGAAGUGGCCAUCGCACUCGAGAAGAGGCUGGCACAGAAAGAGAGGGUAGAGGCAGAUGUUGUCGAGCUGAAUGAAGAAAAGGAGUCCCUUUUCCUUAUGGUCCAGGCACUGAAAGAAGAGAAGGAAAUGCUUGGUAAACAGAACAUGAAGCUCCAUAAAGAGGUGGCAGGGCUGGAAACUGCGUUGCGCAUCCGGAGAGAAGAGAUGCAGCUCAUGGAGGAGCGCGCAGAGGGAUUGGAACGGAGAAUUGUCGAAGGUGUUCUUGAUCAUGCCAGAAGCCUCCUCAUCAGUCGACCUGGUAGCACUCAAGCUAUGAAUCUGAAGCGCGUUCCCAGCUCAGCCAGCACCGUGACGCGCGGAAGUGUUGCAAGCGCCACAAAUCCGAGUAGCGUUCUCACCAGUGGCGUCGGCAUGGCUCUCAAGCGGCGACGGAACCCUUUGAAAACAAACGCGGGAUCCACAGCGCCAUCGAACACAAAGCAGGAGAGAAGAAUUCUCAGCCUCAGCAACGUCACUGGCAAUCAAAAGUCAAUGGAUCGGCAAAUGCUCCCUGCGGCAAGGGGUCGAUUAACCAACCUGAAGCGAAGUCAUUCAGUCAAGUCAAGCUAUCCCAUACGUAAACCUUCGUGGGAUAGUCGAGGCUUCACCGCCAACAAAGAAAAUGAAGUGGUCAAGGAGGAAGACGAGGAAUGUGGCGAUGAUGAAAGCGAUACUGGAACAGAAAGGAGAACUAGCUACACUGGAACUUGCACGGAUAGCAUGUCCUAUGCGACUGGUAGUACACUCUCAACUACAGAUCGCCAGUCGAGUUACAGCAGCUCCACCAACGGUUUGGUGGCUGCAGAGCCGGGAACUUGGGUUGAAGAGAGUGAAAGUGGAAGCGAAGACGACCAAAGCCUAGGUGAAGACGGUGAUGGCCUCCGAGGGUUAGGCACCAAGAGCGUCGCAAGCACAGAACCUCUAGAAUCGCAACCCCGUGACGAUGAAAGUUCCGUGGACCCCGGUGGCAUGGUAGUCUAUGCACAGGCUAGUGACAGUGGCCUGGGAACGGAUUUGCCUAGUGUGGUCAACGAAAAGGAGUUUGAGUUUCGCCAGGAAUCGAUUUAUGGCGAGUGUGAUUGAUAGGCAAAACAUAAGUAUUUUGCCCAUCCUCUCUUUUAUUUAACGGUUAUUAUGGCGUUUUCUUUUCUUGUUCUUCCUUUUGUCUGAAUCUCUCUUUUUCAAGCUUUUUCUUUUUCUUUCUCUUUUGGGUUUUGCAAGUCUGAUAGCGUUCAGUUACGUGGAAAUUGUGGAUAUGAACGUCGCCUACCUACAGGUGACUAUGUUUUGUGACGAAUUGAUGGACAAUUAACAAAUGGUGGGAGUUUUCUUUUGCCUUGGGUUUCAUUUUCUUGCUUUUAUUUUCCCUCUUCCCCUGCUUUCCCCUGUUUUUCGGUUGACAUGUUUCAUUCCCUAGCGUAGACGAUUAUUACUAGUUUUAGGACGACAUUCUGAUUGUUGUUACAUAAGCAUGCGAACUAGGUUAGGUAUGUAUUCAGGUUUUUUUUGAUACUUCAUCAACCGUAUAACAUAAUCUCUGCCCACACUUUGCAUAACAACUUUGGAAAUAGCAUUCCCAAGUCCAAAGUUGUAGCUUUCUGUGGAUUUAACUGGUAGUUCAAUCAAGGUUUUCGGGAAAUCAUGUGAUUCAGAGCUGUCAGCUGUUUUGGGUAAAGC